CGGCCUGGCCGGCCUCUCCGACCGUUGACCCGGAAAUGCUUAUGGCAGCCCCUCCGAUCUCUGGAGCACACGAUGGUAUUCCUUACGACGCGGCUCUGGCUACGGAACCGCCUCACGGACCGCUAUUGUCGGGUUCGGGAGGUGUUGAAACAUGCUCAGCAUUUUAGGGGAAGGAAGAACCGCUGCUACCGACUGGCAGUCAGAGCGGUGACCAGAGCUUUCGUUAAGUGUACGCAGGCCCGCAGACUGAAGAAGAGGAACCUGAGGACCCUCUGGACUAACCGAAUUACAGCUGCCUCCCAGGAACAUGGCUUACAGUACCCAGCAUUCAUUGUCAACUUAAUUAAGUGCCAGGUGGAGCUCAACAGGAAAGUACUUGUGGACCUGGCCAUCUAUGAACCAAAGACUUUUAAAUCUUUGGCAGCUUUGGCUAAGAGGAGGCAGCAGGAAGGAUUUGCUGCAGCUUUGGGGGAUGGAAAGGAGCCUGAGGGCAUCUUUUCCAGAGUGAUGCAGUACCACUGAAGGCUGCAGAGCUAUGGAAAUUCUUAUAAUCAAGAUAGAUGCAAAAGGAUUGUCUAUCACCAGUAAGUCUGAUUUGUAUUUAUUUACAUUUUAGCAACAGGCUUGAGAGAAAAGGUUUUUACUCAGUGCCCUGUAAAGAUUGUACAAAUAAACCUUUUGCAGUGUUCAA